AUGGAGGAUCAGGUUCCAGACCGAGUGGAUGAGGAGGAUGAGUUCCGGGUUCGCUCGCUCCUCGGAGGUUACUGUCGGUCACUCAUCCCCGCCGACACUCGCACACUACUGACCGGGUUCUCUCCUCUUGAGCCAAGGUUAACAAUCUGGACCCCUAAGAAGAUCCUGUCAAGCCGGACCAAGGCCAAGUCCACUUUGGGAAAAGUGGAGGGGCCAUACCGAUGCGUUGAUCACUUUGAGUCCCUGGCCGAAGAGGACUUCCCUGGGAAAGAUACACUGGACAAGCUUUUUAACCAUGCCGUAGAGAGAUUUGGCUCGUUGCACUGUCUCGGUACAAGAGACUUACUCAGUGAAGAGAAUGAGGUGCAACCCAAUGGAAAAGUAUUUAAAAAGCUGAUCCUUGGAGAAUACAAAUGGUUGUCCUAUAAUGAAGUGGACACCAUUGUAGAUGAGUUCGGCAGUGGACUGGCCGCCCUCGGGCAAAAGCCCAAAAGCUGCAUCGCCAUCUUCUGUGAGACCCGCGCUGAAUGGAUGAUCACUGCCCAGUCGUGCUUCCGGCGGAACUUUCCCCUGGUGACCUUCUACGCCACUCUGGGAGAAGAUGCCAUUGCCUUUGGACUGAAUGAGACCGGCGUCACUCACCUUGUUACCAGCGCAGAGCUGUUGGAGACUAAACUCAAAAAUGUCCUUCCUCAAAUCCCCAAAUUAAAACAUGUGAUUUACGUCGACCAAAAGAAAAUCAACACAGAUGGGUACACAGCAGGACUCUCCAUCCACAGUAUGCAGUCUGUUCGAGAUCUGGGAGCCCUGCCCGAAAACCUGGAGAGGCCCAUCGUGAAGCCACAGUCCUCAGACCUUGCGGUGGUGAUGUACACAAGUGGCUCCACAGGAAGUCCAAAAGGGGUCAUGAUCAUUCACAGCAACCUGAUAGCGGGGAUGACGGGACAGUGCGAGCGCAUCCCUGGACUGGGGCCUAACGACACAUACAUUGCAUAUCUGCCCCUGGCUCACGUCCUGGAGAUGACCGCAGAAAUCUCCUGCGUCACUUAUGGCUGUCAGAUCGGAUACUCGUCUCCUCAAACUCUGUCGGACCAGUCGACAAAGAUCAAGAAGGGAAGCAAAGGAGACAGCAGCGUGCUCCGUCCCACCCUGAUGGCUGCUGUGCCCGAAAUAAUGGACCGCAUCAACAAAAACGUCAUGAGCAAAGUGCAGGAAAUGAGCUAUGUUCAGAGGACACUCUUCACGCUGGGGUACAAGUACAAGUUGGAGCAGAUCAGGAGAGGAUAUGAUGCACCUCUGUGUAAUGUCCUGUUAUUCCGUAAAGUAAAAAAGCUCUUGGGAGGACGGGUGCGGAUGAUGCUGUCUGGAGGUGCUCCUUUGUCUCCGGCGACUCAGAGGUUCAUGAACGUGUGCUUCUGUUGCCCCGUGGGACAGGGCUACGGGCUCACCGAGACCUGCGGGGCGGGCACCAUCACCGAAGUUGCCGACAUCAGUACUGGUCGUGUUGGGGCUCCUCUUAUUUGCUGUGAAAUCCGGCUCCGAGGCUGGGUGGAAGGAGGCUACACCCACAAUGACAAGCCAAAUCCCAGAGGAGAGGUCCUGAUUGGGGGUCCCAAUGUCACUCAAGGUUAUUAUAGCCACGAAAACAAUGACAGCGAUUUCUUUGUGGACGAAAAAGGACAGAGAUGGUUCUGCACCGGUGACAUUGGGGAAUUUCAUCCCGACGGCUGUCUUCAGAUUGUUGAUCGUAAAAAGGACUUGGUGAAACUCCAGGCGGGGGAGUAUGUUUCUUUGGGUAAAGUGGAGUCUGCUCUGAAGAACAGUUCUCUCAUUGACAACAUCUGUGCCUACGCAAACAGUGAGCAGAACUAUGUCAUAAGUUUUGUGGUGCCAAAUCAGAAGAAAAUGAUGGAGUUGGCCAAACAGAGGCGUGUAACCGGCACCUUUGAAGAAAUCUGCACACAUCCAGAAAUGGAGAGGGAGGUUCUGAAGGAGAUCAAGGAGGUCGCCGUUCACAGUAAUGUUAAACUCCAGAGGUUCGAGAUCCCCAUCAAGGUCCAUCUGAGUCCGGAGCCGUGGACUCCUGAAACUGGUUUGGUCACAGACGCGUUUAAGCUGAAGAGGAAAGAGCUGAAGAACCACUAUCUCCACCACAUUGAGCGAAUGUACGGAGGAAAAUGA